UUUUGAAGAUCCACACAGUAGUUGAGAAAAAUCUUUUAUUCCUCAGAAUUUUUGGUGAAAAUGUCUGUCUAUCACGACGAAGUUGAAAUCGAAGAUUUUGAAUAUGAUUCGGACAAUGAAAUUUACUUCUAUCCUUGCCCUUGUGGAGAUCGGUUUGAAAUCACCAAAGAACAACUAGAAAAUGGAGAAGAAGAAGCCACAUGUCCGAGUUGUUCACUUAUAGUCAAAGUAAUAUACAACAAGGAAGAAUUCAUGCAGAGUGAGGAAAUCACAUAUUCAUCCCCAAAUAAGAAAGAGUCACUCACAACAUAAACUAGUUAUUUUAGUAUACUUAGGAUUGAAUAAUUUUCAAUAAUUGCAUUUUUUUGUUGUAUUAAAUUUUGUCCAUUCUAAAAUUUGCCCUGAAGAAUCACAAAUGAAUUUUGUCAAUUAUCAUUCUUAUUGCUUCUUUCACGAUUGAUCUGUCCAAUUGAGCUUGUGAUCAAUCCUCUACUGUUAGGAUCUUCUUUAUUCAUUUCCUUUUGCUUUUCUUCUAUGUCUUUCAUGAACGACUUCCUAAAAUUUAAAACAAUAUUCAAAUAUCUCCUUUCCUGGAAUGAAAUUGAGAUUUGUCAGUUCUGUACUGAGCAAGUCUUUCAAUGUCUCACCGAUAUUGAAAACCCAUGUAGAAUGUUCCCAAAAUGAAUCCUUAAUGAAGAAAACAAUUUUAAAACAAUUACUAUUCAAUGGCUUUGUAAUUAAAUUUACCAAAAAGGACUGGAAAUCGAAGAAAAGCAGCUCGACUCCUUGA